GACUUGCAUUAAGUUCUUUCUUGUUUAAAAAUAAAACAAAGGCUUCAUUUUGAGGGAACUAUUGAGUUUCAUUUUCGACCCGGACAAUAAUAAGAGGAGAACAAAGAUGGCGACGUCCCUGCUCAGGUUAGGUCGACUUGGAUCUGUGAAGGGUCUCCUGCGUGAGGGCUGGGGUACACCUAACACCUCAUUUGUUGCAGCUCUCUGCACUAAAACGGACGUCCCACCCAAAACUGCAAAGAAGGCAAAGGCUUCAAGUAAGAGUAAGACCGAUGAGAGGGCCUCUCUUCUAGCCUACAAGCCCACAGUUGCCUUCCCUUCUAAGCUGUCUGCCACAGGAUUUCUUCCCAAAGAUGUAGCUUUAGAUGAGUCUGAACCCACUGAGGCUGUUUCCACAGCCGCUGCAAGUGAGACGACAGCUGGUGGUCCAGCUGCUGAUACAGCAGCAGCUGAAGUUGCUGUUGAAGAGGCAAAGAUCACUGAAGUCCCACCUACUAAUGAAGUCUCUACAAAAAGCAAAGGAAGUAAGGCCUCAGAUGUUGAGGCAGAAGUACAGAAAGAUCAAGACGGUAGCUCUUCUUCAUCCUCAUCCUCCAGUGAUUCUGAUUCAGACUCUGAUUCUGAUGAUGAAAAACCAAAGACUGAAACACCAGAAACACUACAGUCUGGAGAGAAAGCAGCAGAGGAGAAGAAAGCUCCUGGUCCGACUACUAAACAAGUAGAUAAGAAAGCGUUGCCUGAAUCUGCCUCAUUUGGAGAAGCUCAAGAAAGUUCAAAAACUGUGACUAAAGCAAAACCAGAAGAGGUUCCUGCACCAAGUGCCAAACCAGAUGGAUCAGAUGAGACCCUUCUUGAUCCUGCUCCUAUAGUAUCCUCCUCCACAACUGAAUCGAUUCCAGAAAUCUCCAGUGAAUACAUUAAAGCUGACACUACUGAUAAGAUAGUGGACACCGCAAUAGAUGUUAAAAUGGCUCCGGUGGAGGAGAUUGUUGUUGAAAAGGAACCAGAAAUCAAAGCUGAAGAUGCUGUCAAAGUUGCUGCAGAAGUUGUCCCAGAAGUCCCUACAGAAGCCACUCCUGAAGAAGUAGUAAAAACUGCAGUGGAAGCUAGUCCUGGAGUAGCUUCUGAGGCUUCUGGAGAUGCUGCAGCUAAACCUGAACCCAAAGCUGAGGCGGGAACGCCAGCAGCCCCUUCAGAAGAGCUGGUAGACCCUGCUCCUGUGGCCGCUGAUGCUGUGGAGGCUCGGGCUGAGACCAACGUUGUGGAGACACCUGAGGAAAAAGCCCCAGAGAAAGCCCCGGAGCCGGAGCCUGAGCCGGAGCCCUUUGACAACACCACGUACAAGAACCUGCAGCACCACCAAUACAACAUGUUCACCUUCUCUGAUAUGGAUGUAGAGCUGUCUAAAUACCGUCUGCCCCAGCCUUCCGCAGGCAGACGCUGAGCCUGUGCUAUUGCUGCCUUUCUCCACAACCCUGCUUCUUCCACAUGUUCAUUGUUCUCAGAUGAUUUACUGGCAAAUCUCAAGAUUUAUGCUAUAAUUCUAUAAUUAUGGAAUUAAAAUGAUUUAACAUAAUCAGAGUGGUUCCAGAAUUAUUUUGUUGCUGUUUUCUUCUACAGUAUUUGAAUCUCAAUUUAUACUUUAUUCUAACGAGGCUAUGCUUGCUUUGAAUUCGUUACACUGUUUAUUGCAUAAAGGAGGGUAGUGUGCUUCUAACUUUGAAGUGGAAAAUGGCUGAAAUGCUGUAUUUCCUGAAUUAAUUAAAAGGUGAGACUAAAAGGUUCAAAAUGAGCUCAUUUCUAAUGUUUUAUGACUAAUUUCUGCCUCAUAUUAAUUAUUAGUUUCUGCCGCAGAAUUAAAACAUUUGAAAAAGGUGA